AUGCAGAGAAGAAAUAAUUUAAGUAAGUCUACCAAACGUAGGAGAUUAUUAGACGAGAAAAACUACAUCAAAACAUUGUCGCAUAAUGAUAGUUUUAUUACUUUAAACUCCGUAGAAUUAAAUAAUACCUGUACUAUGGUAACUAACCCUUUGAUAGAACCAACUACAAAUUAUACAGACAUUGAUCAUGUACCACAUCAUUCUCCAUCUGUUGGUUUUGAUUUACCUACCAAUAAUGUUGAUCAAUUAUUGUUAAAUAAUGAUUCUACAUCAUUAUUGCUAGGGAAUGGCGAUGAAAAUGUUGAUCCAAUUGAAGAAGUAACUAGAUCUAGAGAUAUAAUUGAGGAUAUAGUUCAAUGGGCCUUAGAUCAAAAUAUACCUAACAAUAAUUUUGAUAAGUUAUUAAAUAUUUUAAGAAAACAUAAAUGUUUUGAACAUUUACCAGCUUCUUGUAGAACUUUAUACAAAAUGUACUCUGGGGUAUCUUAUGAAAAACCUGUUGAAGUUCAAAUAGUUAGUCCAGGAAUAUAUUACCAUUUUGGCGUGGCUGAUAACAUCAAAAAAUAUAUUGAUUUUAAUUAUUUAGAAGAUACAAUUAGAUUAGUUAUAGGCGUAGAUGGCUUGCCUUUGUCGAAAAGUUCAGGCAGUUGUUUUUGGCCUAUUCUUGGUUAUUUGAGCAGACAGCGUAUGCAAUCUGUAUUUCUCAUAGGAAUUUAUUGGGGAAAUAAAAAACCAGAUAAUAGCAAUGCAUUUAUUAAAUAUUUUGUGGAUGAAAUAAAACAACUUAUAACUAAUGGAAUUAAUGUUAAACAGUACACUGAAAAUAACACAUUAAUUGAUGUUCAUAAAAAAGUUACUGUUGAUGCAUUUUGUUGCGACCAGCCUGCAAAAAGUUUUUUACUUAAUACAAAAUCCCAUUGUGGUUUUUAUUCUUGUACCAGAUGUACUGUUAAAGGUAAAUACUUAAUGAGGCGAGUGUGUUUCCCUAAAUUGAAUUGUUCAAAACGGACACAUGAAGAUUUUGUAGGUAAAAUUCAACGCCAGUAUCAUAAUGAUAAACACCAAGUAACAGAAAUACUUAAUAUUCCAAAUUUUGAUGUAGUAAAUCAUUUUAGUAUUGAUUACAUGCAUGCUGUAUGUUUAGGAGCAGUCAAGAAAAUAUUAAUGCUUUGGAAAGGUGAUACGAUAUACAAACGCAAUAUUAAUAAACAAAAGUUAAAUUCUCUUCAAAUUAAACAUAUUUCUGAACGUUUAGUUUCUUUUAGAAAUAGUGUUCCAUGUGAAUUUGCCCGUAAGCCAAGAUCACUAGAGGAAUUGCCUAGGUUUAAAGCCACAGAAUUAAGAUUGAUUUUAUUAUACUUGGGACCGCUGUCGAUUCAUUCUAUUGUAUCAAAAAAGAUUUAUAAACAUUUUUUAAGCUUAAAUAUUGCUAUGACAAUAUUUUUGAGCCCCAACUAUAAUAUGUUAGCAUCUUCAGCUAAAUCUAUCAUGAAUGAUUUUGUUAAACAAUUUGCAUAUUUGUAUGGAAGUCAUUUUGUUUCCCAUAAUAUACAUUCUUUAAUUCAUUUAUAUGAUGACUAUAAUUUAUAUGGACCACUCGAUAAUGUUAGCUGCUUUAAAUUUGAAAAUUACAUGUGUGGAUUAAAAAAAAUGGUCCGCAAAAAUGACAAACCUCUUCAACAAGUCGUAAAGAGAUGUCAAGAACGUUCAUUGUCAUUGAAGACUAAUUGUGAAAAUAAUGUAAAUAAUAUUCCUAUAAAACAGUUUAAAGUGGAACAUAGUGAAGGUCCACUUACAAAUGAGACUUCUUCUCCUCAGUACAAAAUAUUAAUAUUAGAUCAAAUCAAAGUUAAAAUACAUGUUAAUGCUGAUUCAUAUGUUGGCUUAAAAACUAAUGGAAAUUUACAAAUUAUUAAAGUAGUUAAUAUUUGUUACUGUCAACAAUUAAAAAAACAAAUUUUACUAGGAAGACAAUUCCUUAAAUUGGAAUGUUUUUUUAAAGAACCUAUAAAGAGCAAUACAAUGGGUAUCUAUAAAGUCAGUGACUUUUCAAAAACUAUAUGUAUAUGGAAUAUUGAAGAUGUAAUGACCAAAUACAUGAUUUUAUCUCCUGAUAAUAUCGACAUAAUGGUUGCUUAUCCAGUCAUACAUUUUAAUAAUUAA